CUCUUAUCUCUCUAAACAAUCUAGUGGGAGCAAUCAAUUCCUUAAAAAAGUGAUUUAUCACGCUUCAAAGCCUAUUUUCUAUUCACUAUUUCAACAGCAGCAAAUGGAAGGCAGUUCUGAUGAGAAAAAUUUGAAGUUGAUGAGCAGUACUGAAAAUACAAGAAAGCCACAACCUCCUUGGAUAACGAACUGGGAUAUUAGAACCAGACAACGCCCAAAUGGCAGAAUUGAUAAGUAUUAUUACCACAAAGAAACCAACAUAAUGUGUAGGUCAUUAGUGGAGGUAGAGAACUAUGAAUUGCAUGGGAUUCUACCCGGUCAAAUGCGAAGGGCAAAAAAGGAGGGAGAAAAUAAUGAAAAUCCUUCCAUGAUGCAAUUGGGAAAUGAAAAUCCAUCGGCAGCAGCAAGUGGAUCAGGGACAUACAAUAUUCCUAAUGCAGAAAUGAAGGAAGAAGUUGAGAAGUUAUUAAAAGAAUCUCAUGAAAACCGAAACAAUGCCUCUGCUGUCAGGACAUCCAAUAUUCCUAAUGCAGAAAUGAAGGAAGAAGCUGAGAACUUUUUAAAAGAAUCUCGUGAAAACCUAAACAAUGCUGUUGCUUUCAGGACAUCCACUAUUCCUAAGGCAGAAAUGAAGGAAGAAGUUGAGAAGUUUUUAAAAAAAUCUCAUGAAAAUCGAAACAAUACCUCUGCUAUCAAGUCAGAUGAACAAUCACAUAAACAUAAGGAAGAAGCUGAAAAGUUUUUAAAAGAAUCUCGUGAAAACCUUGUCAAGUCAGAUGAACAGUCACAUGAACAUAGGGAUGAACAUGAACAAGGGGAUGAACAUAGGGAAGAAGUUGGAAGAAGUUGAGUGUUUAACGUUUAACUUGAUCAUCACUCCCCUAGUUUAAUUGUUUUUUAUUUUUUUUUUCUCAAAAUUUGUUAUCAAUCCUUCUACAGAUUAGGUAUUUGUUUAGCUUUGUUUGCAUUUCGUGGGCUUCCA